GAGCUGGUUUCAGUCGCCUCCUGGUCCCAGAGGAGAGCUCCCAGCGGGUGUUUGUGCUCUCAGGUCCUUCCUCAGCCCAAACACGUCCGAACAGAUCAGGUUGCGUCUUUAUCAGCGUCCACACAAACAGCCUCGCGGGAACAAACCGUCGCAUUUACACACAAAAAACAAAAUGUAGCGAAAACUGUGGCGUUUUUAAAGAAAAUACAAAUAUACCUGCGCGUGAAACCACAGAAUUUAAUGAGGUUUUUUAAAAAUUUUAUAUCGAUAUGCAACCGUAAGAAUAGUACUGUUUGAAAUUAAAGGGAAAGCGUGGAAGUUAACCUUGAGACCCGUUCCUGUCACGAUGGAGAGCAACGCUCCUUAAACGACCAAGCGAGAUGGGAAAAUGGGAGCUAACCAUGAACCCAGUGCAGGAGUGGGGUGAGGAGGUGGAUGGUGGCGUGGUGUAUGGGAUCACUUUGCGACGGGAGCCCGUCCCUACCUCCCCUAACCCCAAUGAGACGAGCCCCUGCUCUGCUUUUGUCCAGUACCGGACCUGCAAGGUGCGGCGCCUGAAGGCCGCCACUCUCGACCUGCUGGUAAAUUACCUCCUCGACAGCAGCAACCAAGACCAGGACUACAGCAAGAUCUUCCUCUCCACCUACAGAACCUUCACCAGCACCACACAGCUCAUAGACCUGCUCUUCCGGAGAGACAGCACUUCUGCAGACCUGGACAACACUGAGUACUACAGGAGCCCUUUGUUGCCCUUUGUCCAGACAUGGUUGGAUGAAUACAGCGAGGACUUCAGGGACCCUCCACUGCACCCGGCACUCAGGCUGCUGUUGGAUCACCUGAGGAUCAGCUCUGCAGUGCAUGAUAGCAUGCACAGUCAACCCAAUUUCUGCUCACUGGCUGGGCAAGCUGAUGAACUGCUCAAGAGCUUCCAGAAAGAAGAAAUUAGUUCUGCUGCAGCAAAUACUGAGCAAGAUGAGGAGGGAUCUAGCGAUGAAGACUCGGGGUGUGAAAACUCUCCAGAUCAAUGCAGCUUCAUGAGCUUCUCAGCUGCAGCCAUUGCUGAGCAGCUCACUCGAAUGGACUCCGCUCUUUUUAUCAAAGUGGUGCCCUACCAGUGUUUGGGCUGUGUAUGGUCUCAAAGAGACAAAAAGGAAAACAUGUCACCAACCAUCCGAGCCACCAUCACGCAGUUCAACGCUAUCACCAACCUGGUGAUUGUGUCGCUACUCUGCCAGCCUGCAGACUCGGGUCGCAUUUCUUCCCGACAGCCUUCCACAUCGCCGGCCCAGAGGGCUCGCAUCAUAGAGAAGUGGAUCAAAGUGGCACAGGAUUGCCGUCUGUUGAAGAAUUUUUCGUCUCUAAAAGCGAUCCUGUCUGCCCUGCAGUCUAAUCCUGUUUACAGGCUGAGAAAGACCUGGGCCGCAGUCAGCAGAGACAGCAUGACCACGUUUGAUAAUCUCUGUGAGACCUUCCCUGAUGAGAAUUGUGUUCUAGCAAACAGGGGGCUCCUGGUGGAGGACGGAGGCCAAGUAACUGUGGAUAACAUUUCUCCAAAGAUAUCCAAGAGGUGUCACCUCCCCAGACAGAUGAGUACCUCAAAUGGAAUAGUUCCUUACCUGGGAACCUAUCUGACCAUCCUCACCAUGUUGGACACUGCUCUGCCAGACACUGUGAAGGGUGGCCUCAUAAACUUUGAGAAGAGGAGGAGGGAAUUUGAUGUCCUGUCACAGAUUCGUCUGUUGCAAACAACCUGUUCGCAGUACAGCCUCCCCCAUCACCCCAGAGUCGCUGCCUGGCUACAAGGACACCAACUGCUCACCGAUCAGGAGAGCUAUGAAUUGUCGACACAGCUGGAGCCUCCAGUGGAUUUAUGCUCACCGCCGUCCUGGAGCCAACGCUCGCUCACAAAGAAACUCUCCUUUCUUCGUUCAGCAAGCGACGAAGCCAAGAGAGUCCCUGCUGACCAGAUCAGUGUUUCAUCUUCUGGAUCCAGUGGAUCUGAGAUGGAGGAUCUCUCCUCCCCGAACUUGGCCUGUUCCAUCAGACUGCAGUCCUUUCACAGCUCUUGCAACAACGUGUCCGAGGCCUUCUCUUCCUCCUCUUCCUUGUCCUCCUCUUCAUCCUCCCCGUGCUCCUCUGCAACUUCCUCUUCAGACUCUCCGACUCCAUCCAACUGCAGCACUGAUCUUUGCUCCGCUUCAUCGUCGUCCAGCGGUGGGACACGGCUGAAGCCUCCUCUGGCCUCCCACCACAAACGGAGCGUGUCCAUGACCUCGCUGCCCAUGUAUAACCGCCAGGUGGCCGACUGCUGCAUCGUCAGGGUCAGCGUGGACCUGGGUCACAACAAUGGCAACAUGUACAAAAGCAUCCUGCUGACCAGCCAGGACAAAACUGCUCAGGUGAUUCAGAGGGCUUUAGAGAAGCAUCACCUUGAGCAUAUGAACGGGCAGGACUUCACCCUGACACAGGUCAUCUCACAGGAGAGAGAGCUGCUCAUACCAGACAAGGCCAAUGUCUUCUAUGCCAUGUCCACGACGGCAAACUUUGACUUCGUUUUGCGCCAGUAUCACAAAGGUCAGAGGAAACCGCUGAGAGCUACUUCUAGUCUUGGACGGCUCACAAAGUAAGAGCUUAAAACCGUCAGAGAUGAACUCGGCUCAUCAGGCGUUCCCAGAAAUUAGCCUUUGUUUUUAAAAGGAUGUGUUCUCAGUGGUCAGAAAAUGGGACAUUUCUGUGGAUACUGACAAGAUUUUGCCAAAGCACUUUAUAAAGAUGAACGCUCCUCUCAGCAGAAACUCUCAGAGCUUUAAAACUCUUGGAUCCGAUCCGUUGCCUUUUGGAAUAAACUGAAAUUGAACCCUACCAUUAAGGCAGUAAAGGGGUGGAAAAACUACCCUUUCUGGUGUAAUACUGACAAAUUACCCAAAGAAAACCCAGCGAGCAACACGUGUUGGCAUCUGUGACCUUUUUUCUACAUCAACAUGGAGAAGCAAUUGGCCGUUUCCCAAACCAGCAGGGUGCCAUUAAUAAGCGGUGUGUUUUUAAAAAGGGAUUAGAGCGUGUUGCUGUUUAAAAUGCCAUGCAGUCUGUGAUGAAACCGAAGCCACUCGCUUUUUGUGCUGUGCCACCUAAAAGGUGUGAGGAAUGUUGUCAGCAGCGAUGAUUGUGUACCGGGGAGCAGCCCUGACUGGAAAGAUGGCAUUCCUGAGGCUGGCUGACGAUGACGGUGCCAGCAGAGACUUUGAUGGAUCGCUAGAGAACGAACAUGAACAUGACUGCUGUAUGUAAAUGAGACAUAAAUAAGGGUGACUUUGUUUGUAUUUUCAGUGUUAGUUUGAUUUUGUUGUUUAAAUUUUUUUAUGUUUUCUAUUUAUUUCACUGUAAUUCACUUUAACUGCACCUUUACUUGAUUAGCACAUCCUAAUGAGUCAUUGUUAGGUCAUCUGGACGGGAAAGAAAUGCUUAAAAAAAUACCCAGUGUGGUUUGAAAUAUCUCCCAGUAAUGUUUUUAAAUAUUUUUUAAAAUGUCUUAUUUUGUUGUGAAUACUGAUACUUGAGAUGCCAACCAUGAAAGCUUAUUUAAGUUGUAUAGAAACAAACUUGUUGACUUGUAAAGCCUGACUGUAACUGGUGCUGAAAGAGCUCGAUUGAAAUCCUGACCAGUUCAUGUAGGUGGAAUCAUUUCAGUGACGUCAGCUGAUGUUAAGACUGAGAUGGUAGAUAAAAAUCUGUUUAUUUGUGAAAGCUUCAGGAAGUUAUGGCAAAGAAAAAGAUCAGUAUUGUAGACACACAAGGUAAAUCACAAGUUUUCUCACUCCGAAGUGAGAUUCAGGAACUUUCCUCGAGGGCGCAGAUGGCUGUUUUUAGGAAGGAACCAACAUUUCUCUGACCUCUGCUUUCUGAAAAGCUCCCUUCUCCGUACAGUCUGAAGCAUGUCACCACUUUCUUGUUCAUAUUUCUGAUGUCUGUUCACUCUUUUGAUUAUGGAAAAUGUUAAAUAAAACUGUUUUUAAAUCUACCACACUGUUAACAACCUCCUAAUAAUAAUAAAGAAAAAAAACUUUUCAA